CCAUCUGUCCAGCUGCUUGAGCACAGUCGCCUUCGGGCGCGAGCGAUAGGGCAACAGUAUGUGCCACAAGUUGUUGUCAUGUUAGACGUCUGAGUGAGGCAGGUAGGGCGAAGGUGAGGGAGGUGCGGAUGGCGGGAAACGACUGGUCUUGUGCGGAUGACGGCACAUGCGAGACGAUGUGCAGAGACCUCUGUCAGGCACAGACACAUAGAUCAACGUAUCCGUAUUGAGUGAGUCCAGGUCUCACCACGCCAGGAGGAAGCACAGACCCUUGGGCGCUUCGUGAAUGCACAAGCGUGCUGAGGAACUCACAGAUGGUGUAGCUGUCGUCAUCGAUGACUGUGGGACGAGCUGCGGGCUGCGAGCGGGGAGUCUUGGGUGUGGCGCGGCUCGUGUAGGCUCGUGCUUCUGAGCGGAUGAGAUGCAGAUGCAGAUGCUGUGCCAGAUCUUUCGCUACUCAUAGCUGCAAAAUCACGCACCAGAAGGAGAGAGAGCGAUUGCACGCACCAAGAGGAGGAGCAGCAGCGGUUUACGCACCAGGGUAAGCGGUUUCGAAGCACCCUAGGCC